AUCCGCAAUCUUGUUCGAACGCGUCGCGAUGUUCGCGUCGCGUAUUCCUGCACAGGAAAUGCGCCGAGAUGAUAUAGGCUUCGAGCGGAAACAACGGGAGUAGAUGUGUCGUCACUGUCAAAAUGAAUCCCGACAAUGAUGAUCGCGAUGUCAUAGAUCCAGAAGUUCGGGCCUAUGUUUACAGUCUGGUGUCAGCUCUUGGUGGAAGUGCGGGGGACGAAGGCGGCAGGUAUAUUCUCGGAGAUGAUGCUCUAGCAUGUUUGAAGGAUCUUAAAAGGUGGCUCAAACUCUACGAUGAGCGGACCAAUCGACUGGAUGUUGCAAGAUGUCUGGCGGAGGCCAACCUGGUCAAUGGCGACUUGCUGGAGAUCCUUGCCGCUUGGCGGGAGGAUGAGCCUCUGAACAAAUUGAAGUCCAAAAUUGCAUUGGCAUGCUUGGAAUUACUAGUGCCUUUAACCUGGCCCAUUGAAAAGGAGGACGGAGACGUGACUGUCAAUCAUCAUCGACACAUGCCAUAUUUGCAGCUCGCUCACGUCUCGUAUAAACGCGGAAUAUUACACCAUGAUUCAACCAAGAUUCUCCGUACAGCAGUUCGCAUUGGAUUACCGUCCAUGGCCCUCCCGCUCAAAGAACGCAGCAGUCGCGACGAAGGCAUCAUCAAACUCAUCCUAUACUUUUUCCGAAAUGUGGCCUUGAUUUCUCCGCCUAGGAAUCUACCAACGGAAGAAACGCAAAAUGAUAUAGCUCGCUCUGCUACAAUUGACUCGUUCGAAGAGCAGGAUAUUCUCCAUUUGAUUUUGACCGUGUCAUCAAGCAUGGGCGAUGAUUUCGAUACAGAGGAUGUCGUGGUACUUGAGUUGCUCUUUCAUCUCCUCAAAGGCAUUGAUGUCCCUCAGCUUUUCCUAGACAACUCGGAGCUCUCGGCCAAGAAGGAGGACGAGUUGCAAGACAUGCUCAACAAAGAAGCCGGAAUGCGCCGGAGUUAUGCGCGUGUUGCGCCUUCCAGACAUAAUAGAUUUGGCACGAUGAUAUGGCUGAAGAGAGAUGACGAAAAAGUCUCGACACUCUCUGGCCAGGAUGUGCUUCGCGAUGGCCAGCAAAGCUUGGCAAAAAUGGAUAGAUCUAAAAGGUCAAACAAGUCGAAGCGAGGAAAAAAGGGUCAAGAACCGGUUCAUAAUGACUUUUCCAUGCCUGAAAAUAUUUCCUCUGCUUCCAAUCGACGCCUCCGUGCCUUCGUGGAAGAGUUCCUCGACGCUUCUUUUAAUCCGCUCUUCAUUCAUAUUCGCAAAGCAAUUGAGCGAGAGGAGGAUCGUGUAUUAGAUAUCCACAUUCGUCAAUAUUUCUAUCUGGUCGGAUGGUUCCUAGAAGCCCAACGUGAACGCCGCGAGAGGUAUAGGAGACUUAUGAAGCAAGGCGGGGAUGUUAAAUCUCCUGAUACGGAGAGCUUCGCUCUCGUAGCCGGUGUCUUGAAUCAGGAAACGUUUAUUUCUCUUAACCGGUCCAUGCAGCAGGCACUCGAUAAUAAGUCCUGGCAUGACUUAAACGCCGGGAUGAAGUGCUUCACCCAAAUUCUUUUGACUGUACAUGAAAUGUCGGAAUCGCCUCUCGAAGAAGACCAAGAAAUUGCGGAAAAUAUUCAGAACCGUAUAUUCUAUGAGGAAACCACUCACGACCGACUCUUCGCUAUCGUUCGCGCUUAUAAGGAUCAAGGCUACAGCUUCCUCGAUACGACAACUGAGCUGACUCACGUUUUCCUUCGCAUGUUAGAGCGAUAUUCUAAGCAAAACGUGGACAUGCAAGUCCGAUCUCGACGGCGAGCACGGAAGAAGAAGGCUGCGAAUCCCGUUGCAGGAGCCGAGGAUCAGCAGGAAGAUGGCUCAGAGGCUGAAGAAGUCGCUCAAGCACAGAUGGUCUCGAAAGAAAGAAAGUUUGACUUCAAUCGAUUCGCCUCGAAGCUCGUCACGCAGAAGUGUGUCGACCUGUACGUCGCACUCACACAAUACUACAAUGAUUUGGAUACGGAACAACUUAAACGGCUGCAUCGAUUUUUCUACCGCGCAGCGUUUAAGAUGGAGAUGAGCGUCUUGCUCUUCCGUGUUGACAUCAUAGCCCUGUUUAACAAAAUGAUAAUGGGACCAGAUGGCCUCGAUCAAAGCAGCCCUGUCUUCAAAGACUGGAACGAAUUGGUUAGGCAGAUUUUCAAAAAGCUCAUCCGAAAGAUGCAGGAGAGGCCCGAGCUAGUUAUCGAAAUCCUUUUCAGCAAAAUCCCCUCAACCUUGUACUAUUUGGAGUAUGGCCACGAGAAGCAGACGGUAUCGAAACCAAGAGCGCCAGCCGAAUUGGAAGUUAAGCCGGGCUGGGACUUUCCUCAACAGAUUGGUAUCGCUGUUACUGCGUUACUGGACCAAGACAAGCGCAACUUGGUCCAAUGGAUUAAAAAUAUUCUCAGCGAAGCGGCAACCGAAAGACAAAGCUGGUCGGAUGCUGCGCAGGCAUCUGCAGGACUUGACGGCUCUGAUAACGCAGCUGAACAUGAGUCAAAUACCCGGGAAACCGAUAAUGCUCCCUCGAUUGUAAUCAAACCAGAUAAUGAACUUACUCGUGUUGCCAUGUUCAGAGACAACCGGCUUCGUCUGCUUAUGAAGCUCGUUGGUUUUGAACGGCUUGGCUUAGAUGACGAGCCUGACGCAACGUGGGUUAUACCCUCGAUUCUCAGCGCCCAAACACUCAGUCAGAACCUUGAAUAUAUCAGCGCAGCUGAAGUUGAGCCUCCCCAAUUGGACGGCAAAAGUGCAGAAGAUUGCAUACGACGGAAGUCGGCUGCGAGGCGAAGAGCCGAUUAUGACGACGACGACGACGAUGCUGAGGGCGAUGUGGGAGCGGAUGAGGACUUUUUGUUCCCCGCUGGGGGGCCAACUAUCCGUAAAUCAGACAGUUUACAGAAGCUAAAAACGAGAAGGCGUCGAAAGAAUAAAGACAAUGACGAGGGGGAUGAAGUGGACGAAGAAGCUGCGAAGGCAAGAAGAGAAGCCCGAAGAAUAGCGGAUCUUGAGAAGAGGCGGAAAAUAAAGAGUGAGCUUUUUGUUCACGAUAGUGAUGAUGAGGACGAUGAAGAUAGGGAUCGCGAGUUCUUUGCUCUCGAAGAAAAGCGGAGGCAAGAACAUGCUAGAAAGGUCCAUGAUACUCUCAUGUCCAUUGAACAGCCCGGAAGUAACUCCAGAAAGAAGAGGAAAAGCGAAGGAGGCAACAUCUCCGGAAAGAAAAGAACGAAGAGGACCGCGACUGUUUUGGAGAACGACGAGGAAGAAACAGGCGUCGAGAGCAUUAGCAGCCGCUCUUCAAUUGACAGAGAUGAUAUCAUGUCGGACAGUGCAGAUCCGGCAACAGAUACACCGUUUUCUUCGCCACAUGCUCGACUUGCAGACAAUUUUCAGAAACGGCAUAGGUCUGAAUCUAUUGCUACUGUCGAUUUAGACACUUCUGAGGCAGUAGUCGAGAACUUCGGUGCCGCCGAACAGGAGGACGAUGAAGAUAUUGAUGAGCCCUUGGUUCCAGUGGCGGCAAGACGGCGCAUGAGGGCUGGUUUCAUAGUUGAAAGCGAUUCUGAAUGAAUGACUCGCCUUCUUUUCCCCCUUUCCUUUUCACAUGCAACUGUAAUGGGCCUGAAAUUAGCGCUGGCGUUAGGAGGUAG